AAAAACCGGAGAACAAGGACGACAUCGGGCGAUCACGUGUCGCAACAAAAACCACGAGAAUAAAAGAAGGGAAGAAAAGACCAGAGGGAGGUAUACUAGCUACUUGGUAGCGAACGUCGAGGACCUUGAUUGCAGAAUCGAAGCGGUUCGCGAGACGCGGCCUGUCGGGCAACGAAACAGCUGACCACUGCACGAGAGUUCGAGAUAUCGUGUCUGCGAGAUGUCUGGCUCCCAGAGAAGACAGAUGAUGCAGCCAUGGCCCCUGUGCCUAGUGCACGUUUCGAAAAAGAAGGAACGGAGCGUUCUGCCAAAGUACUACACGAAGGUGCCGACGGUGGCGAGGUCAUCGCCGACCAGCUCUGGCAUACUAGACUGUUCGUCCAACACAACCCUAACGACGAACGCCAGCCCCUUCAACAGCCAGACCGCCCUAAUCGCGGAGAAGAGGACCUUCCCGGGGAGCAAGCCUCCCAACAAUUACUAUUAUGCACAAAACUUGAGAAACAAUCACCAGAAAGCCCUGAACGGGUCCCAUAUAUACGACCCAUUGGAAAAGGACCUCGACCACGAUUACAAGCAACUCGAUCCUUUGCUAACGGGCGAUCAGCCUCCGUAUUCGUUGAUUCCUAAAUCCAACAUGAGUUCCCAGGACAGCAAGCCACUCAAGGUCCCCGCUGGCCUGGACCAACACCACCAGUUCCAGAGGGAACCUACACCGUCCUGCAUGCGCUUCGUUCCUCAGGUGCUGGCCGCCCUUUCGGUGUCCAUGGGCUCCAUGGUGGUCGGUUACUCCAGUUCCUUCACAUCCCCGGGCUUAGUGUCCAUGCGGGACAACGCCACGGCGACGUUCGAAGUCACCAAGGAAAUUGGCAUGUGGAUAGGAUCGAUCAUGCCGUUGAGCGCGCUUUUCGGAGGCAUUGCCGGAGGACCGUGCAUCGAGUACCUUGGCAGAAGGAAUACCAUCUUGGCCACUGCUUUGCCGUUCAUCGCAGCCUGGCUGUUGAUCGCGUUGGCAACAAACGUAGCAAUGGUCCUGGUUGGUCGCGCUCUAUGCGGUUUCUGCGUCGGCAUUGCUUCGUUGUCUCUACCAGUCUAUCUAGGUGAAACGAUACAGGCCGAAGUGCGAGGAACUCUAGGACUGUUACCAACCGCCUUCGGUAACACGGGUAUCCUAGUGUGCUUCGUGGCGGGCAUGUACAUGAACUGGCGAAAUCUCGCGUUGCUCGGGGCGAGUUUACCGAUACCGUUCAUGAUUCUGAUGUUCAUGAUCCCCGAGACGCCAAGGUGGUACAUCUCCAAAGGACAGACGAAAAGGGCGCGCAAGUCUCUGCAAUGGCUGCGCGGCAAGGAGACCGACAUUACCGAGGAAUUGACCGCAGUCGAGAAAUUGCACAUCGAUAGCGAGAGAAAUGUAUCGCAGGGAGCGUUCAUGGAGCUGUUCAAGAAAAGCCACCUGAAACCUCUUCUAAUCUCAUUGGGACUGAUGUUCUUCCAACAAUUAUCAGGAAUCAACGCCGUCAUAUUCUAUACCGUCCAGAUUUUCAAGGACGCCGGCAGCAGUAUCGACGAGAACCUGUCCACGAUCUUCGUGGGUAUCGUGAACUUCAUCUCGACAUUCGUCGCAGCGGCUGUGAUAGACAAGCUGGGCAGAAAGAUGUUGCUCUACAUAAGCGCGGUCUCGAUGAUCUUGACCCUGUUCACGUUCGGUACGUUCUUCUACUUGAAGAACUCCGUGGAAGCGGACGUGUCUGAUUUCGGUUGGAUACCACUGUUGAGCCUGAUCGUGUACGUGAUCGGUUUCUCGCUUGGAUUCGGCCCGAUCCCGUGGUUAAUGAUGGGCGAGAUUCUGCCAGUGAAGAUCCGUGGAUCAGCUGCCAGCGUCGCCACCGCCUUCAACUGGACGUGCACGUUCGUCGUGACGAAGACCUACGAGGACAUCGUCUCCGUGUUCGGUACACACGGUACCUUCUGGUUCUUCGGCACGAUCGUCAUGAUCGGUUUCGUCUUUGUGAUAUUCUGUGUGCCGGAAACCCGCGGCAGAUCGCUCGAGGAGAUCGAGAAGAGAUUCGCAGGUCCCGUGCGAAGAAUGAGCGCGGUGGCCAACAUGAAGCCCAUGCCCAUGGCCUGUUAAUCGUUGCUGUAUAGCAACGCUCGAUAGCUAGCCAAUCAAAUCUGUUCGAUGGCGGGAUAAGUUCGCGUAUCGACGCUUCGACGUCGGUCCGCGGAGUCAAUCGAACGAUUCGUAUAGUUCCUUUACCGAUAAGGUGAAUUUCCUUUGGAACUCGAUCGAGUCUAAGCACCUCCUCGACUUAAUUUCUCUUCCUUAUGCUUCUCUUCGCCUAUGCUAAGGUAAACGAAAAAAUCGACUUCGAAGCGAAUUAUAAUGAGGAACACCUGUUCCAAGAAUUUUCGUUGAGGCUAGGGGAAGGAGGAGGAGAAGGAGGAGGAGGAGGAGGAGUGCAAUGUCGAACGUGUUUCGAUAGUUUGACUUUCUGUACUUAUGAGAAGCGCUUACGGAUAGAUGAAUGUUUAGAGAGAAAGAAACGAGCGACGCGAUGCAUGAUCAACGAUGGAAACUCUUGUUGAUGCGCGACGUUCAAGUUGCAUAUUUUUGUUAUUCGAUAGUUUUUACAGGGUCUACCUCAAGUUUAGUACUUUCACGAAAGGUAUACGUGUAGGUUUAACGACAAGUGCGAAUUAUUUAAUUAGUAUACGCGUAGUAAACGAGCAAGGCGCGACCUGGUGUUGACGAAAUGAUCGUAUGCAGUAGGACUGCAGAAAACUCG